AUGGCAGCUUUAGCACCUGGAAUCCUUCAAAAGCUAAUCGACGGUAUGAAAACAGGAAUCAAACCAACCAGAGAGCACCGGAGCUCUAUGUUACAAGUCACGGAUAUCGUCCCCAUCGGUCUCGACGAGAAGUCUCUGGAGCCUAAACAAGGGUUUCUCAUCAAAGUCUCUGAUUCCUCCAACUCGAUCUACGUCUCUCUUCCUUCGGACCAGGACGACGUCGUUCUUAGCAACAAGCUGCAGCUUGGUCAGUUUAUCUACGUCGAUCGGCUCGAACCCGGAUCCCCUGUUCCUGUUAUAAAAGGCGCUAAGCCAAUACCUGGUCGGCACCCAUUACUCGGGUCGCCGGAGCCGUUGAUGAUGGGUUUGAAAGGAAAAGCCGAACAAGAGACUGUGUCGAAGCCGAGAAGAGGGUCUUGGGGACAAAACGUCGACGUUUCGUCUCCGUUCGUUGUGAAACCAAUGUCAUUGGAUUUUGAACAUUCCACGCCGGCGAAGAGGUCUGUUUCAGCUAGAUUCGCCGCGUCUCCGAUCAGAAGAGGACGUGGAGUGAGAUGCUCUUUUGGCGGAGGGGUUUUGGGGAGAAUGGAAGGUGGUGAGAGUCCGGCGACGGCGAUGUUGAGGAAGAGUUGUGCUGUUCCAUCUGCUUCUAAGUUUCCGAGAAGUAAAAGUGUCUGUGAUAGAGAGACCAAGAAGAAUAAUACAUCAGCUUCUCUUCUUAGUCCUUUCAAAUUCUCUCUAGAGGCUCAAGAAGAUGUUGUUGUUCCCUUGGCCACCUCGAAGAGGUCGACUUCUUUAAGACAGGAAAUGAUAAAACUUGAGAAAGACAACAACCUGCUAGGAAGGCUCAACACACUCAGCAAGGAAGCAACUCAGCUUCGGGAGACAGCUCAGAAGAUUGCCCUUCAGGCUUUGCGCGAGGCUACAGCUACGGAAACAGUUGUCCGUCAUAUCAAGACGUUUGCUAAUCUGAGCAAAUCAGCCAAAGCUGAAUGCCCCACGGCGUGCUUUGAGAAAUUCAUGCAGUUUCACCAGGAGAUGGCGCAAACUGUAACUGAAAUCACAUCCAUUGAAGCAGCUGCUUUGGAUGCUGAGAACAAGUCGCAGAAACCAAGAGAAGAAGAGUCUUCUUCUUCUUCAAUCCUGCAUGAAAUCGCGUAUAAUUCAAUCGAUCAGGAGAAGAGAAGAUCAAAGAGGCGGAUUAUUCUGAAGCAGCAAAGUGAAGGGUCAUUAAGAUCAAAUGAUGAGAACAAGAACCCAGCUUGUGGAGGGAUAGGCAACACGAUCAGGUUGGCAAAGGAGAUUGAGGACGAAGCUGCAAACUGGUUCAUGGACUUCAUCGAAACGGCUCUGGAGAAAGGUAUGAAGAAAUCUAAAGGCCCUGAUGACGCAGACGUUAAGAAAGUACCACAAUCUUUGAUUCUCAGUGUUCUAAACUGGAUUGAAGUCGCACAGUCUGAUAGCAACAAGAACAAGAGACGUGCAGGCCAUCCAAAAGCAUCAAAGAUUACUAGAAAGCUCAGAAUUAAACUGAAAAAUCCUUGA